GCAAAACUUGGGUUGAAAAAUAGUUGUCCGAUAGUUUCGGGCCGCAGAGUGUUAAUCGGUCGAUUCCCACUGAUCGGAACAAACAUUGCGAGAUUGAGCCGUUCAUUCUGUCUAUCGGGAAACCCUCGCCUGCGUGAAAGGACCGUACUUAAAGUGUUAACAAAUAGGUCCCAUCCGUGCACAGUGAUUGGCAGAACGACGACAUUCGUUGCGUGUGACCUGUUGGCAAAAGUUUUAUUGUUUGCAUUUGUAAUAAACACUCGCUACACUUUCACAUACGCAAGUUACCUUUUGGGGCAAGAACAAUAUCGAUCGGAUUACGCAUAGUGCGACUCGUGUUGAGGCACCAGCAAAAGCAAUGCCCCGCCAGUACGAUGAGGAUGAAGCACGUCGUCCAAUUCUGCAACCGGACACGGAUACGGAUGAACCGACCGCGGUCAGUGGUUCGUUAGCCCGCCUAGGACGGCCGAGCGAUGACGAUGAGUUGACCGAACGGUUAACAGGUUGCGGCGCGACCGCGUGCUGUAACCCGUCCUCGUUUCUGCAUCGCUUCCAGGCCCUUAUCUUGAUGUGCCUGGUCGGAUUCGGUUCUUACUUCUGCUAUGAUAAUCCGGGCGCUUUGCAAGAUACGUUCAAAUCGGAUCUCGAUCUUACCACCACCCAGUUCGUGAUGCUGUACUCGAUCUACUCGUGGCCCAACGUGAUUCUGUGCUUCAUUGGCGGGUUCCUGAUGGAUCGCGUCUUCGGCAUCCGGCUCGGUACGAUCAUCUACAUGUUUAUACUGUUGAUUGGACAGCUGAUCUUCGCGAUGGGUGCCACUAUCAAUUUGUUUUGGCUCAUGAUCGUCGGACGUUUCAUGUUCGGUAUUGGUGCGGAAUCGCUUGCCGUGGCGCAGAACAGUUACGCGGUGCUGUGGUUCAAGGGCAAGGAGCUUAAUAUGGUGUUUGGGCUGCAGCUAUCGUUUGCCCGUGUUGGUAGCACGGUUAACUUCCUCGUAAUGGUACCGAUCUACAAGUACGUGAAGAGUCUCGGCUACCAGGGACACAUGUGCACCGGUGUGGUACUGCUGCUUGCUACACUGACCUGCGUAAUGUCGAUGAUUUGUGCCCUACUUCUUGGCUGGAUGGAUCGCCGGGCGGCACGCAUCUUGAAGCGUAACGAUUCUGCCCCCGGUGGCGAAGUGGCCAAACUGUCCGAUGUGCGCACGUUCAAGGUGUCGUUCUGGAUGGUGACGGUCAUUUGUGUCGCGUACUAUGUGGCCAUCUUUCCCUUCAUCGCGCUGGGCAAAGUGUUCUUUAUGCGCAAGUUUGACUUUACGUCCGAAGAUGCAAAUACGGUCAAUUCGAUCGUGUACAUUAUUGCGGCGGUCGCAAGCCCAUUGUUUGGGUUGCUUGUGGAUCGCACUGGGCGCAACUUGCUGUGGGUAUUUCUGUCCGUAAUUUUGACGAUCGUGGCACACGGAAUCCUCGCUUUCAGCUACCUUAACCCGUACAUCGGAAUGAUCACGAUGGGGUUGGCUUAUUCGAUGCUUGCCUCCAGCUUGUGGCCGCUGGUUGCAUUGAUCGUGCCAGAAUAUCAACUCGGAACGGCAUACGGCAUCUGCCAAUCUGUGCAAAACCUUGGGCUGGCCGUGAUCUCCAUGAUCUCGGGCAUGAUUGUUGACAAGGGUGGAUACUUUAUGCUGGAAAUGUUCUUCAUCGGAUGGCUUAUCGUUUCGCUUCUCGCCACUAUCGUUAUCUGGAUGUAUGACGCAAGCAAUGACGGAGUGUUAAAUAUGAGCCCAAAAGCACGAUCGCUUCAUGCAAGCAAAACAUUCCAGCGCAUGUCCGGUGAACCGGGAAGUUCUGGCGAUAUGACGGACAGUCAGGAGCAACUGGAACGUGAUCGGCGCUCCAACGAUCCGGAAGCGAUCCGGAACCGGUACGUAAACCGCGUUCUCGAUGGUACCCCAACCCAAAGCGAUACGGAACCGCUGGUGGAGUAAGCACAGAACCCCCGCCCCACCCGAUCAGAUCAGGUAACAUUCUUCCCUAAGAUGAAAUUUGCCCUCCGCGCACAGCAGAGGCUCAUUCCGGUUUUGUCAUGGAGGCUGUGUAUGUAUGUAGGUGCGCGCGUGUUUGUCUGAACGUUUAUUCCUCUAUGUAUGUAAGGACUAUUCUUAUUGUUUUAGAUGUACUUUAUGAUGGUUAUUUUAAACAGCACUGAUGAGCGAAAGGGCGGUUAUAGGAAAAAAAAGAGGGAGAGUUAUUUAGCAAGAAAUGAAGUGUGAUUGCCGUGGGAUUGGUUAAAAUGAAAAAAAAGGGCAAGGUUAGUCAUGAAUAAGUAUUAACCGCAGAGAAGAAGCGAAAAAAUUAUUAGGAACCACCAGUGUGUCGGAACCACCAUUCGACCUACUGUAUCUUUGUAACCGUGUCAGCUCUCCGUGGUCAGCUUGCUUUCCAUUUGUUAGAUUGUUUACUACCACACACAGUGCCAAUGAUGCCAAAAAAAAACCACGGACACACAACCAUAAGGAAAAGGAACACAAUUCUCGAAACCAGGGUUUCCAAUAGUGGAAAUAGUCGGUAUAUUUGCAUUUCAUUGUUGAUGUUUUAUACAAAAAAAAUAACGAUUUGGGGUCGCUUGGAGGUUACGAUUUUCCACAGCAAACCAGUUGCACAAGAGAAAGUACGCGGAACGGCGUCGUAAUAUUAUUGUAGAACGUAUUUGGUGGUUAUUGCAUCGGUACGAUGCUAUUUUACAACAUACACAUAUCUCAGCCCGGAGGUGUAUAGGGCCCCCCCUCCCCGGAUCUUCUACUGUGAACUAUAUGUAUCGGAAAGUAGAAGCAUGUUCGAAUAUAUAUAUACAAAAGUAU